AUGGACGAAGAAGUUAAGAAAAUAGAUAGAAACCAAAGCACUGAAGCAAAGAAAGCCGGACGCACUCCAUUCUGGCAUACAUUGAAUAGACUAACUGAGAAGAUAAGAGCAUAUGUUGAUUAUGAGAAGCCACAAGAAUCCUUACAGUAUUCUAGAAGGAAUAGUAAGAAUAAGAGUAGGAAAACAAAAUUUGGAAGUAUGAUUCGAAAGACUACAAGCUCCUUAAUGUCUAACAAAAGCAGCAUUGACCUUAAAAACAACUCCCGCUCCAACAAAAGCAGCACCAAAAUUCCCUUCCUAAGCCAAAUAAUGAACUCCAAAAAACCCAAAAAUUCCAAAAAAUCCAAAAAGUCCAAAUAAGCGUCAUCAAAAAUCAAUAUCGCUCUCUUCAACAAAAUCUUCUCCUUCAAAGGGCAAGUUGCCUGGCUUGGCUAAAGCCACAAAAAGCAAGGAUGUCCAAGAUCCAUCCCAUUGCAGUACGAUUAAGCUACUUCCCACACAGAACAAUCAUAUUCAGUCAAUGCCUGAAAUUAGGAAGAAAGAUGAGCCCAAAAAUUUAGGUAGUGGCUGUUUUGACAAUGGAGAUCUCAAGAAGAUAGCAGCAGAAGGAUGUAAAUGUGGAGUAGACAGAAGACAGCAUAGUGAAUGACCAGAGAAAAAUGAGAUCAGAAGAGAGGUCAAUUAUGGUCAUCUAGAGAAGUUGUCCCAGCCAAAAGUCAUACCAAAAUAAAGGCAAGAAAAGCAAAAAGAGAAAACCCAUGUUUCCAUCUAUCUCUACAGCUAAAUCUUCUGUUGAUCAAAUGAAGAUGAAUAUUAAUUUAUAUUCACAACGCAGCACUCAACUAACCAAAAAGAGCUCUCCUAAAAACAUUAAAAAGAGUAGACAUGCUUUAAAGAAUUCUCAAGAAGGACGUCACUUUCAUAUUAGAGCAGCAAAAGAAUUUAAAAAUGAGUUUAAAAAAUCAGAGCAUCCAUCUCUUCCUCUACUAUCUAGCAAUAUCCAGAAGGUAAACAUUAAAACUAAAAAGAGAGGGAGAAACUCCGAAAUGACAAGAGGGGGUAGAGCCAUUGACAAGUACAUUGCUAGCUAUGAUGCAUCUGAUGGGAAAGUGAGUUCAUCAAAAAUCCAUCCUUUCACCUAUGUCCAAAAGAGGUGUUUACAAGACAUUAACGAUAAAUGAAUGAAGAAGUUCAUUAUGGGGCUGAAGAAGAGCAAGAAGAAAAACAGAUGAAAAUCCCAAUAA